GCUGCAGGUUGUCUUGCAUGUCCAAAAUAGGAUUUGAGUGCUGGUGCACAAAAAUAUAAAUUUACUCAGUUUAUCUUCUGAGAGGUAGUUUCCAAGAAACUCAGAAUUUACUUUUUGUAAAUUGCUUGAUUUUUCUCCACAGGAAGAGAAGUGCAUCUCAUUUAUUCACAGUGUUUUUAAAAAAAAUGAGGAAAUUAGAUUCAAAGCUUGGGAAACAAGGAUUUCUAUCCAUGUGAUUCAGCGAUGUGGUCUGAAUACACACCCAAAGAAUUGUUGCGAAAGAAGGAACGAAAUGCGUCCCUAUGGUCUGAGGCAGAGCAUUCGAUGUCCUAAGAAAUAUGGGGAGACUAUUAAGGAGAGAAAAUACAUGUUGGCCCCAACUAAUGAUCUGGACCUUGUAUGUGAGAAGAGUGAAGCAGACCCCCAGAAACCCCUGGAAGACAGGUAUAUAAGGAAUGCAGCUGUUCUUCCAGAGCUCAACGUGCCCCACAACAUUGGAGCCCUAACUACUGAAGAGAGGACUGUGUCAGCUAGUCAGCCAGGACCUCUGAUGAUCCACGGCUUCACCAUACCGGAGUACCAGCAGACGUAUCACUCAGUGGUGGAUCCCUUGCUCUUUAGUCCGAGCUGGAAGCUCGCAGCCUACAGUCUUGAGCUGGGACGUCACAUUAAGGAACAUCUGUUUAAAGAGCUGGCCUACCCCACACUUCAGAUUUCAGAACAGCCAAAUGGAAGGGUGGAGGUGAUAGAGAGAUUUUGCGUGCUCCGUCCUACACCUUUUAUAGACAUAGACAGUAAAGGAGAACCAUGAUGAUAUUCUCCCACAGACUCUUGAUUUACACAAUUUUUGUUUUCCUUGAAUUGUUCAGUUGCUGAAUUUACAUUUCAAAUGUUUGUUGAAGAAGGGGGAAAAAAAACAAACGCAAACCAAAAAGCCCAAAUCUGCAAAAGCUGGAAUUCAAUAAUGCUGUGUACUGUAUGAUCGCUCCCUGUUCAACUGAGCUUCAUUCUGUUUUCUAACAGUUGCAUAAAAAUCUACAUUCAAAACCAGAA